AUGACCGGUCCGUCAUUAUCGCAGAUUCUUGAUCCCCCACGACCACUUUCGUCAGUGUCGGAUGUUCCUCAGCCAUAUCAAGAUCAACCUCAGCCUCAAUCUCGGCCUAAUGUUGCUGUGUCGCCGCCGCGUACUGGAGCUUCAGGCUCGUGGCAAUCUUUCGGAAUAGGUCACGGUUCUCUAGCCACAGUCCCAGGGUCGACUGAAUCACAGCGGUACCACAAUGCGGGAGAGUCUGCUCCAUCCUCGGCCUCGCCCGCGACCACGACGACAACCACGACAGCGCUACCAGUUGAGGGCUCUACUUCUGCUACUCCAUCACGUCAGAAUCAUGGAGACAACAAAUUGUAUUCCUGUCGGGAUUGUGGACGCUCCUACUCUCGGCCAGAGCAUUUGGUUAGACACGUCCAAACCCAUACCCUGGGCCGACGCUUUACUUGCGAAAUCUGCCAAAAAUCCUUUGCUCGAAAGGAUCUUCUGCGCCGCCAUGUUGCGAAUCACGAGAAUGACUCGCCGCAGAAACGACGGCGAAUAAACUCGUCUCCGGCAACGGGUCGUGUCUCUCAGGCGUGUCGACCAUGCGCCGUGGCCAGAGUCAAGUGUGACGAUUCCAAGCCAUGCAGGCGUUGCGUGAAUCGCAAGUUGACUUGCAUCUUCUCCGAAGCCGGUCCCUCGUCCAACCCUCAUCACCAUAUCCCACCAAAAAAACAUGCCACAGCUGCCCAUGAUUUUAACCAUUCCGCCACAGCUAUAGCAGCAGCACCUGUAGCCGCCUACAGCACAGAGUCAGGCAACUCUUCUUCACCAGCCGCGCACAGCCAUGCCAAUUCAGCACCUAGUGGCCCUGAGGCUAGCAGCAAGACCAGCCCUUACUCACAAACGACGACAUUUAAACUCGAGGAGAGCGGGGAGAGCCAAUGGCCCACACCAGAAACUCUCAUGGACCAAGCCAGCAAUGAAACACUUGCACCGCCAGUAUAUGAACCUCCGACAGGAGUCAUGGAUUUCAACAACUCGCCAUUCUUUGAUUUUCUUCGAGAUGUGUUGUAUGAGCAGCCAUUUGAUCCAAACAAGAUGACGACCCCGCAAGGAAUGCCCGUUCUUGAUUUCUGCGACAAUGCCAGCCUUGAACUGACGGACCUGGAUUUCGGCAUGCUGGACCAAUGGAACAUGGAUGGCAUGACUGAAGGCACAAUGCCGGCCCAGGAUCCCAUCCCCCGCCCUGAAAAUUCGGCCGAGAUAAACCAGAUGCGAAAGAGCCUGGUCAAAGUUUGGACCGAAUCGCCAUGGCGUUGGGAUCCAAAUUCCAAUGACAACGGGUAUAAGGAACAGAGCUUCUUUGCUGUAUCGACCCAAGAUACAUCAAGCUCCCAAUUUCAACAUAGCCGAGAUUGUUUGGAAAGAGUCGUUGUUGAGAAACUGGAACAAUCGGGGCGGGACCGUGUUAUGGCCAUUCUCCUCUCCCAGUGCCGCCAAACCUCCGUGGCUAACCAAGUUGCCGCAUCUUUCCCCACCGUGGAGGUGUUGGAUACUCUGACGCAUAUGUUUCUUGCUGCUCAAGCUUGCCAAGUAGACUCAUGGAUUCAUUUCCCUACGUUCAAACUCAAGGAUCAGUGGCCAGAGUGGAUCGCCAUGGCUGCCGCUCAUGGAGGCUCCUUGACCCCGGUGCCAGCGUUGCGCAAAUUUGGUUUCGCAGUGAUGGAAGCGGUUCGCAUCACAAUCCCCGCACGGUUCGAGGAAAACAAUACGGCAAUCCAGCGGUUAGGCUUAGUUCAAUCACUUAUCUUGGUCCAAGACCUCGGUCUUUGGAGUGGCAAUCGCCGUAGGAUGGAGAUCGCAGAAUGCCAUCUUGUCAUUCCUGUCACGAUGAUGCGAUAUCGGGGCAAAUUCCAACGAGCAAAGUAUCCCAUCAUCAAUGUCGAUCCAUCAGAUGAAGGUGAAGUUCUCGAGGAAAAGUGGAAGCUGUGGAUUGAGAGAGAACAAUGGAAACGACUAGUCUUCCAUUGUUAUCUUCGAGAGGCUCAGACAUCGAUGACGACAUUGACAAACCCAUGCGUGUCGUAUUCAGAGUUGACCUUGCCAUUGCCCGAAGCUAGAGAGUUGUGGUUGGCAAAAACAGCACAGGAAUGGAAGGCGCGGUACCUGGAGAGGAACGCGGGUCUUUCUAAGCGACCACCGUCUGUGGGCGACCUAUUCCACGACGUCCACCUGUUGACGGCAAAUCACGCGCGCCUGGACGUCCAAUUCUCGGUUUCGAUCUUUCUUCACGGAUUCUGGGCGCUGAUUCUCGAGUAUCGACAACUCAGUUCGGUUCACAAGUCGCGGUCGUAUGCGAACAGCCUAGGAGGCAACCCCAACUUGCUACUGAGCUCUCGCCACCAAGAGCUAGUCAAGGACCUCCAAAGUUUUCAUCUCAUUGCGGCUGGUUGGCAAGGCAUGUCAGCGCGAGAGCACUUACUCCUCUAUCUUCUAAUGAUGAAUCUGCAUGUGUCUCUUGACGACCUGCAGUUGUUCUUGGGCAAGGAGGGCGAGGACCAGGCACGGCGCGUCUACCCGAUAUUGCAGCAAUGGAUCACGAGUUCUGAAGCCCGCUCGGCGGCUUGGUGUGCGUCGCAGGUUUUUCGACACGCCAAGCUUUUCCCGCCAGGUCACUUGAAGGACUUUUAUGCGGUAGCAGUACACCACGCUGCAAUAACACUGUGGACAUAUGGCGUGGUGACUAGGGCAAACCGACGACAGUAUGUGGCGUCACAAAUUGGCACAGAGCCAAUAUACUUGGAUGGUGCGGACUCGAUGGCGAUUCAGCGAUUUAUCGGCUUCGAGCAAGGCCGGCCAAUGGUCAAGGGUCCCACGAUUCGUGGAACAACAAGGGAGGCGGCACUGCACGGCCCCCGAGCCUGCAUGGACAUGGCUCAGGAUAUACUGCGAAUGAACUUUACGCAGGCGCAAGAGGGACUACCUCCCAUAGUUGAGAACUUGGUACAACUCAUAAAACAGCUCGGGAAUGCGGCGUGGGCAGUUGGCUUGGGCUAA